AUUCCAUUGCCGACAGACGCGUUUUAUGUGCCAUGGCUUGCUCGCGGGAUCCGAAGUGCGAGUCCUAUGUUUUUCACAAGUCCGACGCUUAUGUAGAAGUCAACAAGAAAGUGGCCGCUGUCAAUGAAGAAUUGGAGGCAGCAGCCUCAUCCUCGUCGGGAGCAGGGAAGCCCGAAAAACCGCAUUCGUACGUUCCGAACUGCGAAUUAUUCCGGGAAAAGCCUCCUUCUGCUGACGUGCAGUGCAUGCGCGCAGCAAAGCACCACGCGCGGGACGACGCAACGGAAGCGCAGGACGAUAAAGAUAUCCCACAGGAAGAUGAAGAAGAGGAGAAGAAUACUGAACAUGAACAUCAUCAUGAGGACAACAACAACUACUGCACAUUGGACGACUUAGAAGCAGGUCGCGUGACAAAGCCUUUUUUUAUGGAUGGCUCAGGGGAUGACUUUGUGCCGCACUUUGAUGAGGCUACAAAAAGCGUGACGUUAGGGCAACAAGAUCGUGCGGCGGCUCUCUCGUCGGGACCAGCUCCGGGGGCUCGCCGUAUCUGUCGGCACACGGUGCGUUUGAUGAACUCGGCCCUAAAUCUGCAUAAUCUUUUCGAGAUAGGCCGCACCGUCAGUAAGCCCUGCGCCCUUCCUGUAGGGAAUGCUGGCUACCGUAAUUUGUCUCUGUAUCAAAGACAGCAUCAGCAUAAAGUGCUGCAGGACAUUGCACGUUUCACUUCGACCUAUCCGAAUACGGUUUGCUCGUUUCUCCCGACUCGCUCGGUGAUACCGCACGCUGCCGCACCGGUGACGGCGGCUGACAUGGAUCCGCGUACGGACACAGACGGGAAGCUGACUCAGGUGCCGACCCUAGCAGCCUACGACAUUUGGGAGCGUACACCGC